CUCACUCACACACAUACACAAGCACACACACACCCAAUACUGAUGAGAGUUCCCCUAUCUCACAGAGCCAGUUCCACCAUCUGAGAGAGCCUUGUUUAUGUUAACAGGACAGCAGCAGAGCUCUGUGUCGCGCUGGUUUAACCUCUACAGGAGAGCAGCAGAUCUCUGUGUCGAGCUGGUUCAACCUCUACAGGAGAGCAGCAGAUCUCUGUGUCCCGCUGGUUUAACCUCUACAGGAGAGCAGCAGAUCUCUGUGUCGAGCUGGUUCAACCUCUACAGGAGAGCAGCAGAUCUCUGUGUCCCGCUGGUUUAACCUCUACAGGAGAGCAGCAGAUCUCUGUGUCGAGCUGGUUCAACCUCUACAGGAGAGCAGCAGAGCUCUGUGUCGAGCUGGUUUAACCUCUACAGGAGAGCAGCAGAGCUCUGUGUCGAGCUGGUUUAACCUCUACAGGAGAGCAGCAGAGCUCUGUGUCGAGCUGGUUCAACCUCUACAGGAGAGCAGCAGAGUUCUGUGUCGAGCUGGUUCAACCUCUACAGGAGAGCAGCAGAGCUCUGUGUCGAGCUGGUUCAACCUCUACAGGAGAGCAGCAGAGUUCUGUGUCGAGCUGGUUCAACCUCUACAGGAGAGCAGCAGAGUUCUGUGUCGAGCUGGUUCAACCUCUACAGGAGAGCAGCAGAGCUCUGUGUCCCGCUGGUUUAACCUCUACAGGAGAGCAGCAUAGCUCUGUGUCGCGCUGGUUCAACCUCUACAGGAGAGCAGCAGAGCUCUGUGUCGCGCUGGUUCAACCUCUACAGGACUCUUUUACAGCAUCUUAUUCAGCACACAUCUCUCUGAGGAUCAACUGUUACAAUGAUCCAAUAGAAACUGUUUCAUUCACGCUCUGUCAGAGACAGAGAGAGAGAGACAGAGAGACAGAGAGGGACUAGGAUCAACCAUGGAGGACUAGGAAGAGGAUGACCCUGUGGUCUUGCCAAGGAUGAGCAGAGACGAGGAGAGACGCACCACUAUGAAUAAGGCCAAGAGAAAGUCUCGUGUGGACAGCCCCGGAGGUGUGAGAAGCAGGAGAACGGUUCAGAGGAGGAUGACCUGCCCGAGCUUCCCGGAGAUCACUAGAGUGCUGCAGAACCCCGGCCCCAGUCCCCUGACACGUUCUGCUAGCCUAGACGAGCUCAUCCUGCGAUGCCUGCACUGCUUCGACUCGGAUGGAAAGCUUUCGCGGGGGUCUCAGCUAGUUCACAUGACUCUGAUGAUGCACAGCUGGGUUGUUCCCUCACAGACCUUCGCCCAGAAACUCCUCGCCCUCUAUAAGGACUGUCCAGUGGAAAAGAGAGGACUGAGACGACCACAGGUCUGCCACCUUAUCAGACAGUGGAUCAGCAGGUUCCCAGCAGUGUUUGAGGCUGACCCUCAACUAGAGCAGAUGAUGGGAGAAUUGUGGACCCUGGCCAGGUCUGAGACACAGGACAUCAUAGACACAUCCUACCUUUAUGAUGCCAUUCCACCAUGUCUGUUUGAGUACGCUUCCUGUCACAGAGGGAAAUGUUCCUGUACGUUUGAGACAUUCUCACAACUCAGUCCAGUGAUCCCGGUCUCCCAGGCCCCGUCUCAGUCUGUAAAGAAGAGGAAGGUCUCUCUACUGUUUGACCACAUGGAGCCGGAUGAGAUGGCUGAACACCUCUCCUACCUGGAGUUCAAAAACUUCUGCAACGUCUCGUUCCUGGACUACCGUAGCUACGUGGUGCGUGGCUCUGUGAGGGACAACCCAUCCUUGGAGCGCAGCGUUAUGAUGUGUAAUGGGGUGUCUCAGUGGGUCCAGCUGAUGAUUCUGAGCAGACACACUGCACAGCAGAGAGCCCAGGUCUUCACCAAGUUCAUACACGUAGCCCAGAGGCUGCAUGAGCUGCAGAACUUCAACACUCUGAUGGCGGUGACGGGCGGACUGUGUCACAGCUCCAUCUCUCGUCUAAAGGACACCGCCAGUCUGCUACCCCCUGACGUCACUAAGGCCCUGAGCGAGAUGACAGAGCUGCUGUCGUCCUCCAGUAACUAUAGUAACUACCGCCGGGUGUACAGUGAGUGUUCCGGGUUUAAGGUGCCUAUCCUGGGGGUCCACUUGAAGGACCUGAUCUCCCUGAACGAGGCCCUGCCAGACUACCUGGAGGAGCAGAAGAUUAACCUGGGGAAACUGCAGCAUCUCUACUCUAACAUCUCCGACCUGCUGUCGGUGCACUCCUGCUCUCCUCCGUUUGAGGCCAACAAAGAUCUGCUGCAUUUACUCACUCUGUCGCUGGAUCUGUACUACACAGAAGAUGAGAUCUAUGAGCUGUCCUACACCAAGGAACCCAAGAACCCUAAAAUACAGCCUGUAGCACCUGUCAAACCCCCAGUUGUAGCAGAGUGGGGGUCAGGGGUGACUCCGAGGCUGGACCCAGACACCAUCUCUAAACACGUCAAACAGAUGGUGGAUUCCAUCAUGAAGAACUACGACCUGAACCAAGAUGGAUACAUCUCUCUGGAGGACUUUAAGAAGAUAGCAGCUAACUUCCCCUUCUCCUUCUGCAACAAUGACAGUGACAGAGAGGGGGAGAUCAGUCUACAGCAGAUCAACUCCUACUUCAUGAGGGGGAUGUCCGUAUGUGCCAAACUAGGAUACAACUUCAAGAACGUUCACAACUUCCACGAGACCACGUACAAGCGACCCACAUUCUGUGACACGUGUGGAGGCUUUCUGUGGGGAGUCAUCAAGCAGGGCUUCCACUGUCGAGACUGUGGGGUAAACUGUCACAGACACUGCCAGGACCUGUGUGGGAUGCAGUGUGUGAAGAGAGACAGGGUGUAUGCUGGGUCCUGUCCCUCCACCCCUGCAUCAGCCCUCACUCCUGGCCCAGACGUCCUAACGAAGGCGAACAGCUGGAGUUCUUCGGAAGACAACACAUUUGUUUUCCCCGGGGGUAACAGUAAUUGGGGUAACAACCGUAAUAGGAGGGACUUGGACCGUUCCACUCUGGGUAACGGAGGUGACUCAUCGCUCUCGGACCGGUCCACCCAGACAGACCCGGGGUUGUGGAUGCCUGUGAGUGUGGACAAGAAGGGAAACCAGCACGUUCUCCCUAUAGAGAGAGACAGGGGCUGUACUGUGACUCCCCAGAGAUUCCUUGGCUCAUCCAUGCCCGCCUCCUUCCUGCAGGAGAAGAUGGAGGAACUCAACUUGAUCAGAGAUAAGAGCAGAGAACCCGACUGAGCUGGGACACUGGAUACACACACGGACGGACGGACACACAAAGACACACACACGAACGGACCGACGGACACACACAGAUACACACGGACGGACACACACACACACUCAUACACACCCAGACAUCAAAUAAACUGGGUUUUGUGUGGGCCGCGUUUGAGCCAAUGGGUGUUUCUCCAUAUGCGUCCUACCGCGCUCCACACUCUCAACCUCAAGAGAAAGUACUCAGGAGCACGAGCGUGGAGCGCGGAUGCAUAACACAGAAAACUUUCCAUUUGAGAAGCACUUCCCCUCUACUGUAUUACCUCACGCUGCACCUCCCCAGUCACAGACCCUUCUUCCAGCCAGGACGAUGACCACAAUAGACGAAGAUAUACACAAAGCUAACUUUUACUUCAUAAUUAUCAGCUAGAUAUAUGUGAAUCGUUGUAAUCGAGCUAGCCAGUUAAACGGGGGAAAAAAUUAACAGAAACUAAUGCUAUGCAAAGUACAGUCGAUGUCAGUUCUUUGUGGCUAGCCAGUUUGCCCUAUUGAUUUUCUAUGGACUUCUUCUAACCAGGAUAAUGACAAUAGAAACGAAACAAGAUAUACACGAAGCAAAUGUUUUACUUCGUAACUAUCAUAACAUUCAUAACUAUGCUUGCUGUCUGGGGGUUUUAAGCUAGGUUUCUGUACAUAACUUUGUGACGUCAGCUGAUGUAAGAAGGGCUUUAUAAAUACAUUUGAUUGAUUGCUAUCUGUUUAUCGUAAUAAUGUAGCUAACCGGAUAGAAUAACAGGCAACAAAACGACAUAAACCAAUGUUAUCAAAAGGUAGAUGUCGAUUCAUCGCGGGCAACAAAGCUAACAAUUAUUUGUGGCUCUCUGGCAAGCUAACAGUAGUAGCUAGCCAGUUAGCUCCAUUACGACCUCCACUACAGUGGGUACUGUAGGCAGGUAACCAUGUGGGUACUGUAGGCAGGUAACCAUGUGGGUACUGUAGGCAGGUAACCAUGUGGGUACUGUAGGCAGGUAACCAUGUGGGUACUGUAGGCAGGUAACCAUGUGGGUACUGUAGGCAGGUAACCAUGUGGGUACUGUAGGCAGGUAACCAUGUGGGUACUGUAGGCAGGUAACCAUGUGGGUACUGUAGGCAGGUAACCAUGUGGGUACUGUAGGCAGGUAACCAUGCCAAAAUGGGCUGUAUUUAUUAACGUAGCAAAAUAUUGUAGUCAAGCAACAUAUGUGAUGUGAUUAGCUAACAUUUAAAUACCCGAGUCGCAUUGUAUUUUCUCUCGCUUCAGCUCAAAAUAAUGUCAGCCAUUGAUUUUAAUCAAAUUUGUGUAAUUUUUAUUAUUUUUUUUAUUAUAAAAUGUGUUUGCAUCAUAAUUCUUUACUUUCUGUUGAAGCUUACAUCAAUGUAUGCUUCAAAAUAUGUACCAACGGAGGACACGCACUGUUUCAUAUACUUUGAUUUGGGACUCAUUCUCCGACCCUCCUCUGCUACAGUAUUAUGGACUUUGAUAAACACCCAUUGAUUCAACCCGUUUAAAAAAAAAAAAAUUUUUUGCCCCAGUGGUUUUCCUGAUAAUUUUCAAGUAGAGUUUAAUGUCCUUGCUGUGACUUCAAUGAUCUAUUUGUUUGGUUUUCUAAAUAUAUAUAUAUAUAUAUAUAUAUAUAUAUAUAUAUAUACAGUGUAUUCUAACUGUUAUGUGAUGUGUGAUGUAUUUUCUUUUAAUUUCUGAACAUUUCUGUGGUGCUAAGCUCAUUUCUUCAACACCAGGGCUGAAUCCUAAAUGGCACCCUAGUCCCUAUCUAGGGCACUACUUUGAUCACUAUUCCCUAUCUAGGGCACUACUUUGAUCACUAUUAGAUCCCUGGUCAAAGGUAUUUUUAAUUUUUCUUUUAACUAGACAAGUCAGUUAAUAAGAACAAUUCUUAUUUUCAAUUACGGCCUAGGAACAGUGAGUUAACUGCCUUGAUUUUUUACAGAUUUGUACCUUGUCUGCUCGGGGAUUUGAUCUUGCAAUCUUUCAGUUACUAGUCCAACACUCUAACCACUAGGCUACGCUGCCGCUCCAAGGUAGUGCACUAAUAUAGGCAAUAGGGUGCCAUUCCCCAUAGGGCCUGGUCUAAAGUAGUGCCCUAGAUAGGCAACAGGGUGCCAUUCCCCAUAGGGCCUGGUCUAAAGUAGUGCCCUAGAUAGGCAAUAGGGUGCCAUUCCCCAUAGGGCCUGGUCUAAAGUAGUGCCCUAGAUAGGCAAUAGGGUGCCAUUCCCCAUAGGGCCUGGUCUAAAGUAGUGCCCUAGAUAGGCAAUAGGGUGCCAUUCCCCAUAGGGCCUGGUCUAAAGUAGUGUCCUAGAUAGGCAAUAGGGUGCCAUAGGAGACAGACCCUUGGAGAUGGACCUCCAAGACUGCCUUAAAAUCUUACAACAACCCGGUAGCAUGGCGGGACAUGAUUUUAACGAACGCCAGUAGCACAAUCCAACACCUCUGUUCCUUUAAACCCCCACCAAAAUACACACACUGCCUUAUCAAAGCUUCUACUGGACUGCUUCAGUGAAACUAUAGUAUCUAACGCCCUGUGAUGUGACGAUCGUUGUACUGUUGUAAUUAUGUUUAUUCUCCUCUCUGCUCAUCUCAGUUUAGAGUGUCCGUGUGUUUUUUUUUGGAAAGGAAACACGAGGUGUGAUUACAGGUUAACACGAUGUGUUAUUGUCAAGGCCUACUGUACCGAGUCUAUUCUGGGACCCAAAGGGCACUCUAUGCCCUAUGACCUAGUCUGGAAAACUUGACCCUAGGCAACACAGAGACUUGGGUCUGGUUUCAAUGAUGGAUUCUUUUGGCAUUGAGGAACUACAUCACUGGGAGG